AUGUUCUGUCAAUUAUAUGGCGAUAUACCUUAUCUUCUGGAGGUUUCAGUUGAUCGGAAUCUAUUUAGAGCCCUGGCACAGUUUUGGAAUCCCGCUUAUAGCUGCUUUACGUUUGGUAAAGUGGAUCUGACGCCGACAAUAGAGGAGUAUCAAGCUUUAAUCCGGUGUCCGAGAGCCCAAGUGGAUAGAGUCUAUACCAAGCCCCCAAUUAUUCCUUCGUUCAAGAAGAAAUUGUUAUCGAUAACUGGAAUGAGUGAAGAUUGGAGAAAGAAGCUUGACAUGCUGGCUUUAGGAAUUUAUGGGCUCGUUAUCUUUCCAAAGGUGCUAGGGUACGUAGAUAUAUCGGUUGUUGACCUGUUCAAAAGAUUAGACAAGCAUGUGGAUCCUGUUCCCGCCAUCCUAGCAGAGACCCAUUUCAAGCACGUUGAAAGGGCACCAGGUCGGGUGUUUCUAGAUGGGUUUUCACCUUUGAAAGAUUUCCUUUCAAAAGAUUGGCCUGGAGGCUUUACCGAAGAAAAAUGGAUGGUUAUCUUCAAAGAUAUCAGAGACGGUGAUGUUUUAUGGCGAGCUUCUUGGAAUGUCACCUCAGACAUACUUUACAGGUGCGGAGAACGGGGUUGGGUCCCUUUGUCGGGUAUAUGGGGCUCUGUUGGAUAUGCACCUCUGCUAGUUUCCAGACAAUAUGGGUCAAGACAAUUCAUUCCUUUUACACAUGACUUGUCAAGAUCAGAUUUUGCGUUCAAGGGAGAUCAGUACAAGAGAAGAGUCAAAGGGGUAGCUGAAGCUUGGAAGCAAACUCAUCGGGUAAACCUGUUCACCUUUGAUUUCGAACUAUCACCAGAGUACGAGUAG